UAGCAAGAGGCUUGAUACAGUUCUACAUCGUAUUCGCUGCACCGAGACUUGAUAAAAUAAUUUUUGUGCAUAUUUCCGGUGGACCGAACCGAACCUCUCUGGGCGCUACGAUUCCAUUUCAUUUAAUAAACACAGUGCAACAUGAAUGCGGUAUCGAGUUUCGUUGCUGUUUUGCUGUUUUUUACUGUGAGCGCCCUAAAACCAAAGAGUGCCAAUAAACACACGGAGCCUUCGCCGAUGCGAAGGUGAACCGUUGGACCAGCACAACUCGGAACCCGCGCCAUUCCCGAAACAGAUUCAUAUUGGCACCGGAAAUAUAACUGGAGAUCUGCAGGAUCUGGGGAUGCCGACAACUUACCAGUUGAACGUCGACUGCAGGCGCAGCGCAGUUGCAUUACACUUCAUUCUACACGAUUACGGUGCUGAUCUGGCAGGCGCCAGCAUCCUUGUAGGUGGCGGCGGGGACGGUUGUGGGAUUUUUAUUGUGGGCGAUACUUUAUCCCCCGGCCUUAAUCUUGCUGGCGAUACAUGUGGCCGGACGCAUGACCCUACAAACAAACAGUAUAAAUGGCGUUUAGUUGCUGAAUUUUACCCUGCUCCAGUCGGCGGCGUCUCAUUUGAACCCUUUGUUUUUCCAUACACGGUGGUUUGUAAAGCAGCGACUGCAAUAAACAUGAAUCUGGAAGAUCACGGAAUCUCGGCUACCAGUCAGCUGGAGGUUUCCUGCAACGGAAAGAAUGUGGUGCUGAAUCUGAUUAACCAAGAUCCUGCUGAUGAGCUGCAAAAAUCGGUACUGGUAGUCGGAAACAGCGGUGAAGCAUCCUGUACAUCUAAAGAUAUUACUCCCGACUCGUUAACCGUCAAUACGGCGGCCGACACGGUGACUGCCUGCAGCCGCAGGGAGACGCUAAGCAGCGACAGCAGCAUCGUUUCUUAUACAUGGUUAGUGACGGUCAACCAUUAUCCGGAACCUCGGGGAACGGCCGCCAAGCCGUUAACUUCAACGCACACGGUGACCUGCGACGUGGCCCUUGAUUUACCCGCUGCGGUUACUGAUAACCAGCAGCCCGAACCAGAAACCGGCGAAAAUGUGGCGGGUAACAGUCAAACGGUUGCUCUACAGUUGGUCAAAGAUCCCAGCAGCACCAAUAAAGUGUGGCUGCUUACUCUGUCGCCGCUGGUCGCUAGCGCAAUCCCGGUUGGUUUAUCAUACAAACUCGAUACGUGUACCGCAACGCCUCCAAAUUUGGCGACGCCUGUUUUUAAUCUAAUUCAAAAUGGAUGCAUCACCCCAAAAUCCGGCGUGAAAGCCACGUUCGAUGCGGCUAAAAAGGAGUACAAAUUAACCGUCCGUGCUUUUGGAUUUACCGGUCAAGAUGGAACAGUUUCCGUGCAGUGUACUGCAACAUUAUGUCAGGCCGACGAGGAAACCAGUUUGUGUGUUGGGCAAACACCAUCUGUCACUGAGUGUGGAAAGAUGUCGUUGGAAGCUCGCAAUACAAAGAACAGGAAUUUUGGCGCCAGUGACAAAAGCGGCAGUAUCAAUUUAGCGAGCCGCCAUUUGCGAUCAGUGCGGAGCACUGUUACUUGGAUUAAGUCAAACUCUUUAAUUAUUUAAAUUAUCCGCUGUAUCUAGCAACAAAUACUAAUAAUCAGCUGAGUGGAUAAUUAAUUAAUGAGUUGAAUGUUCUUUUUUAAAUUUAGAUUCCUUAGUCUAAAGAAAGUUAUUGGUGAGUAUGCAUGAU